AUGGAUGCGACUGGGUGUACAGAGCAACAUCUCGAUGACUGGGAUGACAUUAGCGACCUAGAAUUCCUCAACAUGCCGUCUGAAGACAUAAGUUGUGCCAUCAAUAUCCGCACUGAAGAAUCAAUGGAGCAUGAAACUGUACAAAUGAAUGAGGUAAGGGGUUUAAAGAGAAAACAUCUCCAUGAAAAAAGCUUCAGUCCAAUGCAGAGCUUCCUGAAGCAGCAUCUAAGUGUGAGCCUUCUGUGCGACCAGUCUUGGUGUGAGAUGAAGACUGUUUACAGUCUCUUGAGACCACAUGUCAAAAGAAAGGAGAUGCAAUGUGCUGAGGUGCAGAGGGGAAAACAACUUCAUUUAUCAAGAGAACUGGAAAUACAGGAGCAUGUCCCUGUACAUAUCCUGACCAGAGAGGAUGCAGAAGCCAUCAAACUUCUCAACAUGUUACAUAUGAUUCCUCUGUUGGAAGCAGGAGAAUGUGUGUGAGAGUUUCCUGUGUUUGGUGUACUGGAAGGUGUUUUUAUCAUGGGGGUCAUUGAUGAGUUGAGGUAUAAUAAGCAGGGGGAGCUGGUCCUAAAUGUGCUUAAGAUUUGCAAACAGAACUUUAUGCAUACUGCUCAAGAUAAGGUCAACUGCUUUCAGGUGGGACUGUAUAAAUGACUCAUUGAUGGAUUGGUCAGAGGGGAAAUGAAGACCGACCACAUUCUGAAUCACCAUAAACUGCACUCAGGUCAAGCACUUGGAGCAGGUGUUCAGGCCUAUGUUCAAAGCAUUGGGGUGUUGGGUUAG